AUGUCCGAGGGCGGCGGGGUGUCCGCCGCCGGCGACACCUGCAAAACCAACCUCAUCGUCAACUACCUCCCGCAGACCAUGACGGAGAAGGACUUAUACGCGAUGUUCAUGACGAUAGGACCUAUAGAGAGCUGCCGCGUCAUGAAGGACUUUAAGACUGGCUACAGCUAUGGCUUCGGCUUCGUAAACUUCACACGUGAGGAGGACGCCUUGAGGGCGAUCGAGACCUUCAACGGCUACCGGUUAAGGAACAAACGGUUAAAGGUCUCGUACGCCCGGCCGUCUGGAGACGACAUCAAGGACACGAACCUGUACGUGAGUAACCUGCCCAGGGCGAUAACCGACGAGCAGCUGGAGACGAUCUUCGGCAAGUACGGCCGGAUAGUGCAGAAGCACAUACUGCGCGACAAGGCCAACGGGGCGCCGAGGGGCGUCGCCUUCGUCAGAUUCGACAAGCGCGAGGAGGCGCAGGAGGCGAUAGCGGCCCUCAACAAUGUCAUACCAGAGGGCGGCACCGAGCCACUCAGCGUCAAGGUGGCGGAGGAGCACGGGAAGCAGAAAGCAGCAUACUACGCCGGCUGGGCGGCUGGCUUUCAUCACAACAGAGGUGACUUCUCGUGGGGCUGCGGCGGCUGCGUUGUCCCGGAGCCGUGGGACAACAUGCCCAGCCCCCAGCUGGGGGGCAGCCACCCGGGUACGCCGAGGAACGGGUGCAGGCCCGGCGCUUGCCUCAACCCCGCCUACCCCAACUACGCGCCCAACAAGGGCAACCCGCGGCCCCAGAGGGCGCGGAACCUCCCCUGGGCCCCCGCCUACCCCGACGAGCGGUUUAAGGGCCAGAGGUGUCGGAACGGCACCGGCCCAUACUGG